AUGUCUCGUAGAUUGAAGAAGACUAAUCUAUUUUCCAAAGACGUAGCAUCCUUGAUGUAUGCAUACGGUGACUCGCCUCAACCUUUACCAGAGACAGUGCAAUGUCUAGACGAGCUGGUUUCGUCGUAUCUAGUGGACAUUUGUAUGGCAGCGCACAAAACCGCACAAACGGUGCGGAGGAACAAGAUCAAAGUCGAAGAUUUCAAAUUCGUCCUGCGAAACGACCCAGUCAAACUUGGGAGAGCUGAAGAAUUGAUUAAAUUAAGCAGAAUAAUUACGGACGCUAAAAAGCUGUUUAAGAGCUCUGAGGGGAAAUCUUUGAAGAGAAUGCGAGAUGGGUUGGGUUUAGGAGAUGAAGAAGUGGACGACGAUACAGAAGAGCCACACGAGGAGGAAGAAAAAGUGAAGAAAGAACCCCAGAAACGCAAAAAACGUAAGAACAACAAAGCUGCGUCUAUUACCUGA